GGGAGGAGUGGAGCCUUUGCAGUGAAACCCAUCGUUCAAGCUUUGCCUCCCUUUCCUUCCCACCCUUACCCCCCUCCCGCCCACCAAUUUCCCCCCCUCCCGCCCACCAAUUUCCCCCCCUCCCGCCCACCAAUUUCCCCCCCUCCCGCCCACCAAUUUCCCCCCCUCCCCCCAUUUUCCGUGCUUCUCUCCCUCCCUCCCCUCCCCUUCCCUUCUCUCAUCCCCCUCUGUCCCCCCCUUCCCGCCCUCUUCCUCUCUCCCUCAGCCAAACACAACAACCAACCACAUCGCCAUUAUCCACCAAUAGUCACUCCUCCAUCCGCUCCCCCCCAUGUUCCCUCCUCUUCCUCCUCUCCCCCCAACCCCUCUCCCCGCCUCCCUCCACGCCAGCCUUCCU